AGCCUGAGUCACGAAAAAUAAUAUUAGCCUAUAUUAAGAUCAACAUUCCUUGGGUACUUUGCGAAAAUCUGAUGUAAAUUUGUUUAAAACCCGCAAAGUUAUGGUAUUUUCUUCCGAGACGAUUGACGGCAAUUCGGUAUCAAUUUUUGUCCCCCUUUUGGAGGACUAGGUUCUAGAAAACUCGCUUUGAUUAUCGACCUCGCUCUCAUGAAUGGCCUCGCUUUCGUGUGAUAAAGCGUCGUUUUGCGUCAUAAUGUUGGCUUAUCUUUCCCGCGUUCACUAAGUCUCUUCAAAUAUAUAUGAUUAUACCGGAUUGCAAGUAUCACGCAGUAUGACUGAGAGUUCGUCGAGUUCAUCAGACGAAAACAAAGGCUACGAAAGUGAGGAGUUUGCCGAGGUAGAGACCCAGUUUGAGCCCUACACGGAUGAACCUCUCGCACCUCCGGGCUACAGGGAAGAAGUUGAUGAGGAAUCGAACGACCCCGAUGGCCUGAGGCCCCAGAUCCUGGCCGACAGAGAGGAUGAGAUAAUACCUGUCCAGAAAUGGUGCCAGUGUCAACAUUGUGCAAAGAAUGAGCUAAGCGGCGCUCUUGAGCAUCGAUGCUGUAGAGAAAUUGAGAAUGUUCAAGGCAAACUAACAUUCGACGGUUCGAUUGAGAACUUAUCAUGCAUCACACUGCACGAGGACUACAGAGCAAUGACUAACAAGGCCGUCCUUCAAAACGUGGCGCCAUUGCUGAAGGCAAGGACAGGGCAAGCAUACAGGCGGCGUACAGGAGUAUCGGAGAACGAAUUUUUGAGGUUAGUUGCCUAUCGCUGGAUAAUUCGGUGGAUAUGUGGCUAUAUAGGAUGGGGAAACACUUGCCCAUUGUUUGCGUGCAUUUAUAAUGACAUACGGACAAGAUAUCAGACACGGCACCUACGGCCAAGGGGAUAUCAGGAGGCCAGGAGCUGAUGAGGCAUUGAUGUAUGGCUACAUUCCGAAUAUGGCUCAACCAAUGAGUACUGGAUAUAUAUAUA